CCGUGCCACUCCCCUUUAUGAGUCUUGAUGAGUGGCUGGUCUUCUCGGGUAGCGCCUGGGAGCCCAGCUGGGUACAGUUUCUGUGAGGAUCGCUCAUAAUCUAGCUAUGAUUCAUAAUCCAUCCAAUAAUGUGAAUCGGACUCAUUGAUUGCCGCGUGUGUUCAUCGAUGCUCAUUCUCUCUCUCUUUUCCACACUUGUUUCCUGAGGAGGUGAGAGCCUUCAGAACAACACCGCUGGCCGCGAUGAGACGAAUAACGGGAAAGGCGAAGGAUGAAACUUUGAUCGAGCUGCAGAGCGCGACGGAUUCACAGAAUGGAGAUGGUCCCGCAGUGUUGACCGCAUUCAGCAUAACCCUGCACUCAGAUGAAAACGGUGGAACUAGUGUCAAUUCAUCAUCUGAAAAAACAGCACUGCCUGGACACACAGAGACUGACAAGCUGCAACCGAACAAAGACACCGUGUUCUUCAGGGACGGAGUUCGGAGGAUAGACUUUGUGCUGUCCUAUGUAGAUGACAAGGAUGGAGAAAAGAAACAGGACAGAAGGAGGGAGUUUGAGGCCAACCUUGAGAAGGAAGGACUGGAGCUGGAGACUGAGGACAAAUCGGACUCCAAAGACCAAAAGACAUAUUUCUUAAAGAUUCAUGCUCCGUGGAACGUACUGGCCACCUAUGCUGACGUCUUAAAGAUCAAAGUUCCCUUCAAAACCAGUGAUGUCCCCCACAGCCAGGAUGUCCCACUGGAGUGGCUCUCUCAUCCUUUCCGCUUGCCUGAGCACAUUAUGCGUCCCCAGCCUGACUACUUCACUUACCCCUUCGAGAAGAGCAAGACCGACUUCUUCCUGAUCACUGACAAAGACACUUUCUUCCCGCCUUCCACAAGAAACAGAAUUGUGUUCUACAUACUGGCCCGUUGCCCGUACUACAAAGAGGGUCAGAAAGAGAGAGACAAGACGGGAAUCAAGCGACUGCUCAGCAAUGGGACGUAUACAGCAGCCUUUCCACUACAUGACUGUCGAUACUGGAAAAGGGCCAGAAACGCUGAGUGCGAGAGUGAGCGCUACAACUUGUACAAGCACUGGGCCAGGUUUCUCUGCUUUUACAAAGAACAGCCUCUCAACCUCAUCAGGAAGUACUAUGGGGAGAAGAUCGGGAUCUACUUUGCCUGGCUGGGCUUCUACACUGAGAUGCUGUUCUUUGCAGCCGUCAUGGGCCUUAUAUGUUUCAUCUAUGGAUUGCUCAGUUAUGAGGACAACAUGUCAAGCAAAGAAAUAUGUGACGCUGAUAUUGGCGGAAGUAUUGUGAUGUGUCCGCUUUGUGAUAAAAAGUGUCCUUUCUGGAAGCUCAACUCUACGUGUCUCUCAUCCUGGCAAUCCCAUCUGUUUGACAACGAGGGAACGGUUUUCUUUGCCAUAUUUAUGGGGAUUUGGGUAACUCUGUUUUUGGAGAUCUGGAAGCGGCGUCAAGCCCGGCUGGAGUACGAGUGGGACUUGGUGGACUUUGAGGAGGAACAGCAGCAGCUUCAAAUCCGGCCCGAAUUUGAGAUUCGAUGCACUAACAAGAGACUCAACAAGAUCACUCAGGAAAUGGAGCCAUAUCUCCCUGUCACCAGCAAGUGUGCUCGCUUCUGCCUCUCGGCUGCCACUGUUAUAUUCUGGAUCUCUCUGAUCGUGGCCUGCAUCAUUGGGGUCAUAGCAUACAGGCUGGCUGUGCAUGCGGCCUUUGCAAGUAUCAUUAAAGACCCCAUGAGGAAGAUCCAGGUGGUGGGCAGAUUCAUCACUCCACAGCUAGCGACGUCCGUCACCGCCUCCUGCAUCAACUUUGUCAUCAUCAUGAUCCUCAACUUCUUCUAUGAGAGGGUGGCCGUGUGGAUCACUGAUAUGGAAAUCCCAAAGACCCACCUUGAGUAUGAGAACAGGCUGACCAUGAAGAUGUUCCUCUUCCAGUUUGUCAACUACUACUCAUCGUGCUUCUACGUGGCCUUCUUCAAGGGGAAAUUUGUUGGUUUUCCUGGCGACUACACAUAUAUGUUUGGCAAAAGGAGCAAACUGAGGAAUGAGGAGUGUGACCCUGGAGGCUGCCUGAUUGAGCUGACCACACAGCUGGUGAUUGUGAUGUCAGGAAAACAACUCUGGGGCAACAUUCAGGAAGCUCUGCUGCCGUUGAUGCGUAACUGGUGGAGUAGCAGAAAGGGACGGCACCACCCUGAGAACCAUAACAGCCGUUGGGAGCAGGACCACGUCCUGCAGAACUUCAGCCAGCUGGGAUUGUUUUAUGAGUACCUGGAGAUGGUGGUCCAGUUUGGUUUCAUCACAUUGUUUGUGGCCUCCUUCCCUCUGGCUCCACUACUGGCUCUGUUCAACAACAUCCUGGAGAUCAGGGUGGACGCCUGGAAGUUCACCACCCAGUUCAGGAGACCAGUAGCGUCCAAGGCCCGAAACAUCGGAGCGUGGCAGGAAAUCCUCAAUGCAGUGGCCAUUUUGUCUGUUGUGACCAACGCUUUCAUAAUAGCGUUCACCUCCGACAUGAUCCCCCGUAUGGUCUUCCUGUAUGCCUACAAUGAAAAUGCUGGCAUGAGGGGAUACGUUAACAACAGCCUGUCGAUAUACAACAUCUCCCAGAUACCUGUGUACAAUAUGCCCGAGGAACGAGACGACUGGUUUGAGAACUCCACCGCUACCUGCAGAUACCGUGACUACCGCUACCCUCCAGGCCACCGGAAGGAGUACACUCACACCAUGCAGUUCUGGCACAUCCUGGCAGCCAAAAUGGCCUUCAUUAUCAUCAUGGAGCACGUUGUGUUUGUGGUGAAGUUCUUCGUGGCGUGGAUGAUCCCCGACAUCCCUUCAGAUGUGAAGGCUCGGUUUAAACGAGAACGCUACUUGAUUCAAGAGUACCUGCAUAACUACGAGGUGGAGAGGCUCAAACUCCAGCUGAGUGCCAGUUUCAUCACAGAGCCGCAGUCAGAAAUGUCGUUGAUGACAGACAAGCAUGAAGUGUUGUCUGAGUGCCUGUAGCUUUGAGCUUCAAGCCACGAACGGACGGAGAGCGUCCGCGUACAAGGGCUUCUGUCUUUGGGCUAAAUAACGCUAUUAUCUUGUAUUGCUGAAUGGACUCCUAUAUUAGGAUGCAACAUUUCACUUUGCUUAAAAUCUGCUUUUUGAGUGGAUAAAACAUUCCUGUGCCAUAAAAAGAUGGUGGGAAAAUAACAGCAAAGAGCAAAAAGAUUGAAAGUUCAGCCAUUAUCAUUCCCCAUGUAAUGUGUUCUCUGUGUGUGUCCAUAGAGUUAAAGUGUGUGGUGUUGAACAUGUGACAUUAGGUGUAAUUACCCUUUCAAGGGUUGGCUAUGAUAUCAUAAAUUAAAUGUUCUGCAUGUGAUUCUUCUAGAAUACAAGAUGAAGGACUCAACGGUUUAAGAAAAGAAAAUAUGUGUCAGUUUUAAAAAUGUUUGUGGUAAAAGAAUUCAUAUCAUUUUAAGGAUAUCUUAUAUCAUAUGCUUUAGCUACAUAAUGUUGAGUUCCACUAAUCUAUAGCUGGGAAUUUUUAGGGAAUGUCUCUUAAAGUCUGCAUUUAAAAACCAAUGAUACUGCAGAGAUACCGUAACAAUGAGAAGUGUGAGUAUCAACCUGUGUUAGUAACAUGGUGACACAGCAGUUGCAAGCUCGUGCAUCUCACCUUUCAAAUGUAUUUCCAACUUGCUGCACGAACAAUUAGAAGAUAAGAUUUCUACCGGGAGAAAAGACGACAGAUUUUCUGUUUGAAUACAAUCAGUUUAUGUGCGUGAUUUGAGUUUGAUCGUGUAUCGACUUUACUCCUCCUUGUGUUACACAUGGAUAAUAAACGGCCUAUAUUUCUGUUUUCA